AUGGUGCAGACUUCAGACACCAAGCUGUCUACACCUGGAGAUGCUGAGGCAAAUCUGGAGGAGCAACGUCUUGCUGCUCUCCAAAUAGCCAAGGCCGGUGACCCCUGGCAGGCACAUGAGCUGCUCAGGGAAAUUGUGGCCGGUUGGGAAAGAAUCGAAUCGCCGGAUUAUGUCAUGCGCAUGCAAGCGCUGCGCGCUUUUGGCUCCGUGCUUUGCAGCCUGCAGAGAGGCUAUGAGGCUGAGCAGCUGCACAGAGCAGCUCUGCGGGGCCUAGCAGAGGCGAUAAUGGCCGAGAGGCCUCGCUGGCGGCGGCAGGAAGAUGCAGCAGAGGCAGAAAAUUUGCUGAGAGAGGCGCUGGCAACAUUCCAACAGGCGCCCAUGGAGCCCUCUCUCAUUGCCGACCUGCAUGGAAAGCAGGACGAGGGCAAACAGGUGCUGAGGAAGCUACAGGAAGAUGUGGUGGCAGAUAGCAGAAGGCCAUAUGCUGAGAAGGCUCGGUGGUCGGCCAUUAACCGGAUAAUCAGCGUAGGACUCAAAGCAGAGUCUUUUGAGAUGUGCCACAUGGUGAUGCAGCAUCUGCAGACUUCUUUGGAGCAGACAGACGAUCCAGACACUCUUCUGUGGGACUCUGUCAAACUUGCCGGUGCCAACAUACACAUCGCACAGUUGCACUGGAGGAAUGAGAACUUUGAGCUAGCUGUUAAACCAGCAGGCAACGGCGUUGUGGUGCUUCAAGACACGCGCGUUGCGCGCAUGUUUGAAGACCCUCAGAACCAAUGGGCGUACCACAAGCUUGGAGAGUGCUACGCAGAGCUGGGAUUGGCUGCUCUCAAGUUGGGUUUGGACCUGGAAGAAGAAGCAUGUGCGGCCUUGCGGCGAGGAAUGGAAUUCUUGCCUCUGGCUGGAGACACCGAUUGGGAUGCCAUGCUGCUCUGCCUGAAUGGCUGCUCGGCGAUUCUUUCUGUGGACGAAGCAAGGCAAGAGGAGGCAGAGCAGAUGAUGUACGAGGGACUCCGCCUGAUAAGCGAAGGGUACACAUCCAAGGAUUCCAGUGCUAAAUAUAGAUGGUGGGACAGCCUCGUGAAGCUCUUCUUCAAGCAGGGAAAUUACAUGAAGGCUGCUGAGCUGCUGAGGGACGUUGUGCAAGAGCAGAAGAGGUCCCCUCAGCCCAACGGCUUAGAGGUCUGGCAGUACAGGCUGGGGGAGGCGCUGCAUCUAGCAGGGGAUUACAAAGAGGAGGAAAAGGUCCUGUGGGAUGCAACAAAAUCACUGGCAUUCCUGCAGGAAACUGGUGAAGACAGUGAGUUGCACAAUGUGCUGCUUGGAGAUGUUUAUCAUGCCAUAGCCGGCCUCAAAUGCACGCAAGGGAAGCUGAAGGAAGCUACGGAGCUGCUGCAAAACGCCGUCAUCGUAACUCAUGCAAAACUGGGAAUGGAUCAUGACAUGAGCAAGAUACUGCAGGAUAGCCUCGCGCAAGUCAUGUAUGCCAAGCUUCAGGGGUGCGGCUUUGACCCGAACUUCAAUGUCUACCAUAUUGAAUAG